CGAUACCAUAAUAACUGCGGCAGACUACAGAACGGAGACCAUGCGCGUAGCCGUCGUGGGUAUCGUGUUCCUGACAUCGCUGGUGGUCACGGGCUGGACAGGUGUGGCCUGGUUCCUGACCCCGUUCUUCGUACUGGUUGUGCUUCCUCUUCCGGCGUUUCUGCAGACCAAACGCUUCUACCGCCGCGUCACUCGCUUCAUGUGCGUUGGAAUAUUUGCCAGAACUCAGCGAAGCUGAUACUGAAUGAAAUAAUUUUGAUGCAUUUAUUGGAGCAGACAAUGGGCGUGGAUGGGCCAAGUGGUGCUGAUUCUUGGUGCGUGCAGGAGGAGUUGACGUUGCUACUGCUAGACGCUCACUGUGUCGUCUGCAGAGAAUUUGUUUCGUAUCCAGGUCCGAGUUUACGGUGAUGUGGAGACGAAAGCUCGUGAGAGCGACAUACCGCAGGAUCGAGCUUUGUGGUUGUCGAACCACCGCACUCGUAUCGACUGGAUGCUGCUGUGGAGCGUUGCGUGGCGGACGCGGACAUUGCACCAGUUACGGAUCGUCUUGAAGGCUCCACUACGAAAAAUCCCUAUCUUCGGGUGGGCCAUGCAACACUUCAUCUUCAUCUUUCUGCAACGUCGCUGGGCUGACGACCAAGUGAACCUGCACAAGUUGUUGCCAUUCCUCACAUCAACAGAACCGGAGGCUUCGUACCUCCUUUUCCCCGAAGGCACCGACCUCAGCGAGAAUAACCUCGCAAAGAGUACUGUAUUUGCUGAAAAGAACGGCCUCCCACCUCGUCGGUAUUCGCUGUAUCCACGCACGACAGGUUGGACAUUUAUGUUCCCGUUGCUGCGCUCGCAACUUACCGCUGUGUACGAUAUCACCAUGUUCUACGUGGACUAUGCCGCUAACGAGCGCCCGUCGGAGGCGUCUCUGCUUACCGGCCGUAUGCCGCGAAUGAUCCAUUUCUACAUCGAGCGAGUGGACAUCUCGGCCUUGCGAGACAAAAGUGAGAGUGAGUUGGCAACCUGGUUGGAAAAGCGCUUCGAACGCAAGGAGGCUUUGCUUAAGGCAUUUUACGAAGAGAACGGCAAGCUUCCUCAUGGAGCAACUUCUCUUUUCCAACAGAAUCAGAGUUCUGCGAUGGUGAUUCUGGUGGCGUUUUGGCUGGUAUCGAUUGGUGCGGCCACAAUCUUCGGAUUGAUUGGCAACUUCAUCUCGGUCAUUGCUGCGCUGGCGAUUGUUACAGGUUACACCAUCAACACCGCUUAUGGGCCUGGCGUUGACGGGUUUCUCAUAAACAACUUGUAGAUAGAUUUUCGAGCCAUCGAGUUACUUUUACAGAGUUCCAUUUACUAACUACAAAAAAUAAAAUAAAAAAAUGAACAGCCAGAGCUUUCUACCGACGAACA